CCUUAAUCUUCAGCUCUGGCGCUCGCCCCAUCACUCUCCCCUCCUUUUUUUCCUCUUCCAUUUGCUUCCGUCGUGUGAGCAAGACAAUCACUCAGCUUGGGACUUGCGCUCCUUACUCUCACUCACACACACUCUCUCAGUCUCUCUCUGUUCCACUUUGGUUCCCCUCCCAAUUUUAUCAUCGAAGGUUCAACUUGGACUGAGUGAACACCGAGGUUAAGUUUUCGUUUUCCUCUUUACUGGUGGUGCUAGGGAGGCAGUGAGGGAUCUCACUUUGGACAAUCAACCAUGCCGCCGAAUCCCAGAGUGGUUGAGGUCUUCCGGACAAUGAGAGAGAUCGGAUUCAAGGAUGAAGUAGUGAAGCCUGUACUGAAAAGGCUUCUGAAGCUGUACGAUAAGAAGAUCGAAUUGAUUGAAGAAGACAACUACCGGGUUCUUCUGGACGCUCUACUUGAGGAUCAGGAGGAGGCAACCAUUGAUGAAGAUAUUCAGGAUGAAGAACCUCCUCCGCAACCUCUAAAACGGCUACGUCCAUUGCGCAUAAGAGACCAAGAAGGAAUGGUGUCCCCUUCAUCAGGAAACCAUAGCCCCCAAACCAAUGGAACUUUGCUAGAGCAGUCAGACCUGGAGGAUAGAGAUCCAACUUCCACAAAUUCCAUGCAGACAAAUAUAUCUCCUCAGCAUCCUGAUGCAAGUACAGGCAGCCAGCCUUUGUCUGCACAGAGAAGUUCAUCUCAGCAACAAGUAACUGACAGAAAUGCAAAUAAAGGGAAAGAGCCUAUGUCAUCACAGGUUCCUGCUAGAGACAAGAGGCCCCUUGAUUUAGGAGAGAAAUCAAUACGUAUUGAUUCUCCACGAAAGCGAAAAGUGCCUGAUGCCAAUGCCCUGAUAGUACCUAAAGAUGAGCCAGUCACCGAGGAGAUGCCUCUCAACGAGCGUCCUCUUGCAGUAAUAGGGCCCGAUUCUAUCGAUUAUAAUAAUGCUGACCAUGGAGACCAGACUAGCAAGCCCUCUUCUAACUUGGAAAUCGCUUCAUCCCCUUUAGGAGAGGUGAAGAUAUCCUUGAGCUGCCAACCUUUGCUUGAAAGGCCAGAUUUUCACAUGCCAACUCUGGACGAACUGCUGAAAUCAGUGGAGGAGAAAUAUCUCCGACAUAAAUUACUUGAUCCGAACUUUUCCCUCAUGCAAAUUAUGAAAGAUAUGUGCCAGUGCUUUGUGGAAUUGGCAACUGAUUCAUCUCACGAAUCGCAGGAAAGGGGGGUAACCAAUGAAACACAUUCAGAUGAUAUGUCGAGGAAUUCUGGUGCUUCGAAUGCACUUUGUCUUGUGGGUACUGAUGUAAAUAAAGGGGCGCCAUCUGAUUCAUCUGUUGAUCCAGAGCUUCAAGUUCCCAGCUUGGUCCAUUCCCUGGAUAACCAUGUGAUCCCCAACGGCGGCGAUGUAAAUGGCUUUGGAACAAGAUUAGGAGACUCUGAAUCUUGCAGCUUAGCAGUUGUUCCACGAUUUCAGACUGGUUGUGAUGAAUUAAGGUCUCUUCAUGACUUAAAUGACAUUACUAAGGGAGAAGAAGUAGUUGAGAUUCCAUGGGUUAAUGAAGUCAACAAUGAGUGCCCACCAUCCUUCCACUACAUACCGGGAAACCUUGUGUUUCAAAAUGCUCGUGUCAAGUUCACUCUUUCUCAGAUCACGGCAGAUCAUUGUUGUGCUUCUUGUGUUGGGAAUUGCCUUUCUUCAUCAUCUCCUUGUGUUUGUGUUGCUGAAACUCUGUAUGGGUAUGCAUACACACCAGAUGGUCUUCUAAAGGAGGACUUUCUGAAAGAAUGCAUCUCCAUGACUCGGGAUCCUCAGCUACAAUGCCUAUCCUCCUGCACGGAUUGCCCAUUGGAGAGAUCCAGAAAUGAAGAAAUGUUAGAGCCAUGCAAAGGUCACCUGAACAGGAAAUUUAUAAAAGAGUGUUGGAGAAAGUGUGGCUGCCAUAAGCAGUGUGGUAAUCGAGUAGUACAACGAGGUAUAAGACACAAGUUGCAGGUUUUCUUCACAACUGAUGGAAAGGGGUGGGGGCUUAAGACCCUGGAGAAGCUGCCCAAAGGUGCAUUCAUUUGUGAAUACAUUGGAGAAAUUCUGACCAUCAAAGAAGGGCACGAGAGAACAAUGCAAAACUCAACAAUUACCAAGACUGAGAAUCCGCCUUCAGUUCCGUUAGAUGCUUAUUGGAACUUGAAAGGGGCUCUAAAGGAUGAUGAGUAUCUUUGUUUGGAUGCUUCGGACUAUGGUAAUGUUGCCAGGUUUAUAAACCACAGGUGCCUUGAUGCCAAUCUAAUUGAGAUCCCCGUCAAGAUAGAAACUCCGGACCAUCACUAUUAUCACCUAGCCUUCUUCACAACAAGAGAGGUGGAUGCCUCGGAAGAGUUGACUUGGGAUUAUGGUAUCGACUUUGAUGGCAAUGAUCAACCAUUCAAGAAUUUUCAAUGCAAGUGUGGCAGCAAGUUCUGCAGGAACAUGCAGCGAACAAACAGAUCUAGGCAUCUGGCCAGCUGAUCAUGGGACGAGAAACGGUCAUUUUGCAAGCCUUCUUCCUCGGGGCUGAGAUGGUAACCUCUAGUUUUGCGCUAACCCUUGUAAGAAAGCCAUCCGUUUCCCAGACUUCUGUACGAAUUUAGGACGUUAUUAUAUAGCCAUUCAAAUCUUGUUUGGUUAUGCAAUCUGUGCAUUCGGCAUUCCUCGGGCCUGUCCAUUACGUGUUUUGUUACUCUGAACAGGGUCCUCUGAAGUAGAUUCUUGUUAGAAUUUUAAACGACUAGUUACUUGUGAUAAAAAUAAUUAACCAAUACAUAAAUAUGAUUAAGGAGAAAAGUAACAGCUUAACAUAAAAUUUUGAAACUGGAAGUGACCGAAGAAAGUUCAAACUGGAAAUGAAAGAAAGCUGCAGAAGUUUGCGGGUGUGUUUGGCAUUGAAAGGGAUCAAUGUGUAGAGUUAGUCGUAUUCAGGACCUAUUAUGUUCUUGCCGCGGUCAGUAGCUGCUACUUGGCGCUGCUUCUUCAUGUGCUGUGUCCUUGCUUUGCUCCACCAAGAAGUAGGCGAUUUGGUGAGUUUCUUGAGGAUCAGCCUCUGCUUGCUCCCCUCGUUGUACAGCGAGCCAUCCUCGUUGGUCAUCCACUUCAGUUCCGGCUUGUAAAGACGAGACUUCACUUCUUCCCUCUCGACGUCAUAAGCCACGAUCCUCGGUUUCUCAUCCACCUUCUUUGCCGCCAUCUUCAACGUGAACAUACUCUGCAACUGCUUGUUCACCUUGAUGUGCUCAGCCAACGUUUCUUUUCCCAGAAACCCCUCUAGAAACGCAAACUGCAGCCUUUCUGUCCAUGUUGUCAGCAUCGUACCCUUUUCUUCCGUCGCCUCCAAUCUCUUGCUUGAGCUGCCUUCUUCGAAGAACUUCGCCACAAACGCCAGCCUGGUAGCUCUGGUGUUCUCUUGCUCUUUCCCCUCUUCAUGGUCGAUCGCUUUCAUCAGAAGCAGCCGCUCGUUCAGUUUCUGGGCAAUGUUGUGUAUGGAAGGGUGAGACGAAGAAGAAGAUGAUGACGACGACUCUCCUUGUGAUCCAUUAUCUUCCACAGCAGCAGACUUGGGAACGCUCAUGUGAGAGUCGAUCUCGACGAUGAAAGCUAGUGCCUCGGCAGCUGCAAGGACUACGAAUUCGUUGUCAUGGCCCAGAAGACGGAAGAAGCAAGGAAUUGCCUUUUGCCAGUGGGUUCGGCUGAUCCCGUACUUGUUGCUGGACAGCAUGAAGCACCAAGAUGAUAUGGCGGCUGCAACUAGUUCUGGUGAUUGCUCCUUCUUCUUCGUACCUUGUUCAGCAGCAUCAGCAGAGUCGCGGAAAAAAUAGUCCCAAAUCAUGGCCAUCGAUUCCAACCUAUGCUCCGAUAGGUAUCCGCCGAAGAAAGUGACCACAGCCAAACACUCCACCACCUGAGCGGGCAGCUCGAACCUAAACCCGCCCGAUAAUUUCACAGCCCCAAACAGCUUAGGGACCGAAUCCCGGUAGAUCUCGUGAGCAGCCUCCACGUCGUCGCCGACGAUCAUCGCCACCAGCCCAAUCGCACGCACCGCCGCCACCAGCUCCUCGGCCGACCGCCCCCUUUUGACGACGCGGAGGCACUGGUCCACCAGAGUCACCCGAUUCGAAUCGAGGAACCGAUCCUCGGGAAAUCUGGUCAGCUCUCGAACCAGGCCUUCCAGCGCCGCUUCCCGCAUCCGCGCCCUGUGCUUCUCCGAAUCGGACAGCUGGUCUAGGUAUCCGGCCAGCGUGUUCGGCUGCGGUGCGGGAUUUGUGUUGAAAUCCGCGAGGGCGCCGCACGAUUGGCAGCGGAUUUCGUGGGGGUUGGUGUUGUUGUUGUUGUUGGGGGGAAGGGCGGAGACGUUGUAGCGGCGGGCCAAGGGGAAGAAGGAGUUGGGAGGAUCGUCGGCGGUGGGUUUUUUCAGGGUGAUGGAGUGGAGGAUUAGGUGGUGGCUGCCCUGCCUCUCUUUCACGACGGUGGUGGUCAUUGUCGAGAGAAGGCGGUUUCGUUCUCUGGCUCUCUCGUCGAAUCCUAAUUUUGUGUUGAAGCGCGCACAAGGAAGAAACUCGACGGAGGGCUUUUCAUAUCGGAAAAUUUCUCCCCUUCUUAUGGCUUUUCUUCCCUUCUUUUCUUGUCCGGGCAGGAGAGGGAGGCUUCCGACUGAAUGCUGCAAGGAUGAGUAUUCCGUCCCGGCGUAGUUCCUCUUUGGAUUUAAACUGCAUUUGAUAAAGUUGGUUUUUAUGAUUGGAUUCGUAUUCUCAAUUUUCAACGGUAUUACAACCAACAAAAAAAUAUAUAUG